GAAAAAGUUGGGAGUGAGAGUGUCUGCGGUAAUCCUGGUUUGACAGUUGUAUCAAACAUUAAAAAAGAAGAAAGAAAAAAUAAAAAACUCAACUGUUGACUUACUUACGACUGAACCAAACCAAAAACCAACUCGAAACAAUCAGAUAACUUUCCUUUAUUUUUCUUCGCCUUCCUUUGUGCGGAACGGAAAUGCCCGCUUCACUUGUCCAACCCAAAAGACAAAGGAAAAAACCGUCAGAAUUUCAAAUUUUGCUUAAUAUUCUAAUCAAUUUCAAUUCUCCUUUGUGAUUUUAUCUUAUUAAUUAAUUUUUAUACUUAACACUGCCAAAAAACCACACGGAAGAAACGAAAAAUGGUCCGGAGCGUUUAGCCCGGGCCUUUCACCCACACCUCCACCUCCACCGCGUUCGCCACGGUGUCUCCGAUCUUAGGGUUUUGUAUUUGUUAAGGGGAAGCUAAAGUAAGCUAAGCUAACCUCAGCCUCGCUAGUAUGGGAUCGAAGCCAUGGCUGCACCCGGCUCCUACUUAUCGUCCGUUGGAGACAUACUGGGACACAGAUGAAGAUGCUCCUGGUCCUCGAUGUGGUCACACUUUAACUGCUGUUGCCGCCACCAAUACUCACGGCCCUAGACUCAUUCUCUUUGGCGGCGCCACCGCCAUUGAAGGCGGCGGUUCUUCCUCUGCUCCUGGCAUCAGAUUAGCUGGAGUUACUAAUUCAGUUCAUUCCUAUGAUGUUCUCACUAGGAAAUGGACACGAAUGCGACCUGCUGGAGAACCACCGUCCCCCAGGGCUGCGCACGCGGCAGCUGCAGUUGGUACUAUGGUUGUCUUUCAGGGUGGGAUAGGUCCUGCUGGGCAUUCUACUGAUGAUCUCUAUGUGCUGGAUUUGACCAAUGAUAAAUUUAAAUGGCACCGAGUGGUAGUUCAAGGACAAGGUCCUGGGCCUCGUUAUGGUCAUGUAAUGGACUUGGUUGCACAGCGAUUCCUAGUAACCGUCAGUGGCAACGACGGGAAAAGAGUUCUAUCUGAUGCAUGGGCUUUGGAUACUGCCCAGAAGCCAUAUGCAUGGCAGCGAUUAAAUCCUGAAGGCGAUAGACCUACUGCUAGAAUGUAUGCAACAGCUAGUGCCCGUUCAGAUGGCAUGUUCUUGCUUUGUGGUGGAAGAGACUCCUCUGGCAUGGCACUCGGUGAUGCUUAUGGGCUUUUAAUGCAUAGAAAUGGUCAGUGGGAGUGGACUCUAGCACCUGGGGUAUCUCCUUCACAGAGGUAUCAGCAUGCUGCGGUUUUUGUUGGUGCGCGAUUACACGUUACAGGAGGUGUCCUGAAAGGGGGGCGUUCCGUAGAAAGUGAAGCAGCUGUUGCAGUGUUGGACACUGCUGCUGGAGUCUGGCUGGAUAAAAAUGGGCUUGUAACUUCACCAAAAACUAGCAAGGGUCAUGUUGAAUAUGAUUCUUCUUUGGAGCAAAUGCGUCGUUGUCGUCAUGCAGCUGCUUCUGUUGGUGUUCGCAUAUAUGUUUAUGGCGGUCUAAGAGGAGAUGUGCUGCUAGAUGAUUUUCUGGUUGCAGAAAAUUCACAAUUUCAGUCAGACAUUAACUCUUCUGUAUUAACAUCCGAGAGAGCCUCAACUAUAACAAGUGCCAGAAUAAAUCAUUCUAGUUUAAAUCCUUAUGAUACAAUUACAGAUGGUGGACUAGAGUUCCCUUCAUCUGGUGGUAUCAGCAUGGACAAAAAUUCAAUGGAGAAACUUAGGGAGGCUUCUGCUGCUGAAGCUGAGGUAGCUAAUGCUGUCUGGCAAGCUGCUCAAGCAGCAUCUACCAAUUCUGCUGAAGAAACAUCUGCAUCUGACGACAACUCACAAGCUGCAGAAGCAACUUCAGAUGGCAGUGACACUGAGGCUGACGUUCGCCUUCAUUCUAGAGCUGUUGUGGUUGCUAAAGAGGCUGUCGGGAGCCUUGGUGGGCUGGUUAGGCAGUUGUCGCUAGACCAGUUUGAAAAUGAAAGCAGACGAAUGAUUCCUAUGAAUACAGACACGCCAUAUCCUGCGAGAAAGUUCGCUAGGCAAAAGUCUCCUCAGGGCUUGCAUAAGAAGAUUAUUUCUACAUUGCUUAGACCUCGGAAUUGGAAAGCUCCUGCUAACAGGAGAUUCUUCCUGGAUUCUUACGAAGUUGGCGAGCUAUGUUAUGCUGCUGAACAGAUCUUCAUGCAUGAGCCCACUGUUCUUCAAUUGAAAGCUCCGGUUAAAGUUUUUGGUGAUCUUCAUGGGCAGUUUGGUGAUUUGAUGCGUCUGUUUGAUGAAUAUGGAUUUCCUUCCACUGCAGGAGAUAUUACCUACAUUGACUACUUAUUUUUGGGAGACUAUGUUGAUCGAGGGCAGCACAGUUUGGAAACUAUAACUUUGCUUCUAGCUCUGAAGAUUGAAUACCCUGAGAAUGUUCAUCUGAUCCGUGGCAACCAUGAAGCUGCUGACAUAAAUGCUCUCUUUGGGUUUCGUCUUGAAUGCAUUGAGAGAAUGGGGGAGAGCGAUGGUAUAUGGGCAUGGACACGUUUCAAUCAACUUUUCAACUUUCUCCCACUUGCUGCACUUAUCGAAAAGAAAAUAAUUUGUAUGCACGGUGGCAUAGGAAGAUCUAUUCACUCGGUGGAGCAGAUAGAGAAGAUAGAAAGGCCCAUAACGAUGGAUGCUGGAUCUAUAAUUCUAAUGGAUUUAUUAUGGUCUGAUCCAACAGAAAAUGAUAGCAUAGAGGGUUUGAGACCAAAUGCUAGAGGGCCUGGUCUUGUCACUUUUGGGCCUGAUCGUGUUACAGACUUCUGUAAAAAGAAUAAGUUACAGCUGAUUAUUAGAGCGCAUGAAUGUGUUAUGGAUGGGUUCGAACGGUUUGCUCAAGGUCAAUUGAUAACCCUUUUCUCAGCAACCAACUAUUGUGGAACUGCAAACAAUGCUGGAGCUAUACUAGUGGUUGGCAGGGGUUUGGUGGUGGUCCCGAAAUUGAUUCAUCCCUUGCCACCACCUCUUCAGUCACCUGAGACAUCUCCAGAACGUGUCAUGGAUGAUACGUGGAUGCAGGAGCUUAACAUCCAAAGACCGCCAACUCCAACACGGGGUCGGCCACAACCUGACCUUGACCGGAGCUCACUUGCAUAUAUAUGAUGUUGCCAGACCCAUUUUUGUAGUUCAUGAGAUUCAUUGCAGAAUUCCCAUGUCUGCCAGGAGGCUUGACCCUCGUCCCAUACUAGGCAAAUAUUUCCUACUUGGCACAGAAUUCGGUGCUUAUGUUGUACUUUUACAUAUACAAGUCGAGAAUGAUAGAAGUCGUAGCUGUUAAUCAGUGAGUGUAACAUAUGUACAAUUUAGUUUGAAAAAGGAUAGUAUUUUAAGUUCUUCCGCUGUUGAUAAUUUAUAGGAAAGGAAAGUUGGGUGGUUUUGCGCAUUGUAAUAUUUACAGUUACAAGAGGUAUUUAGUCUUAUAUUACAAUCAUUUUGUUUUUGAUGAUGUCCAAUGAUAAUGAGAUUUCAACUAUAGUUUGAUAA